AUGCUAUCGGUCAAACGAACUAUUGGCACAUUGGCGUUGGCAGCAGUUCCAGUUUUGUCAUUGCAAUUGCAUCGUCAUGAUGUGUCAUUCACGCCUGAUAUUGUGCUGAGUCAUUGGCAUGGUCUCGCCCAGGCCGCAUACCCCUUUUCUGACGGUACACCACUUGCCAGUCAGUGGCCUAUCCCGCCCAAUCACUUCUUCGACUAUGAAUUAAGGGCAGAAAGUGGUAUGGCUGGGACUUAUUAUUAUCACUCUCACGUUGGAUUCCAAGCCGGUACUGCCACUGGUGCACUCAUCGUUGAGGACCCUGACGGAGCUCCUUACAAGACGGACGGGGAAAGGCUAGUGUUCUUGCAGGAAUACUGGAGUCUGUCGGACACAGAAGUCAUACAUGAUCUUGAAUCAAUACCGCUGAGAUGGCCCGGAGAACCAAAUGGCUGGCUAAUCAAUGGCAAGUCAAUAUCCGACCGCGAGGCUAGAGACCCCGCCACGAGAGCUUUGAGCGUAAUUGAGGUCAAGCCAGGCCAGAUAUACAGAUUCAGAUUCGUGGGAGCCACAGCCCUCAGUCUGGCACUGCUCGGAUUCGAGAAACACGGAAACUUUGAGAUAAUCGAGGCCGACGGCGAAUAUACCAAGCCGUACCCCGUCGACUUGUUGCAAAUCGGCUCCGGGCAGCGGUACAGCGCACUGUUCCGCGCCAAGUCGUGCCAGGACUUGCGAAAAGAUGAUCAGCUCGACUACUACAUCCAGCUGGAGUCGAGGGACAGAAACGACAUCGUGACGAAUUACGCCAUACUCAGAUACGAAAACACCUGCAACAUGACCCCAAACCGCGUCGCCACGCACAAAAACCCAAAAAGGCAGCCGCUGCACCUGCCGCCGACUAUCGACGGGUAUCUAGACUACGCCCUGCAGCCAUUGAAGCCCAAUAACUUCCCGACAGCAGCAGAAGUCACGCGACGCGUCAUGCUGAACAUCCAAGUCGUUGAGAAUGAGUACUUUAUCUGGACGAUCAACAACCAUACGUGGUCCGAAAAUGCCGGACCCCUUCCAGCAACCGUACCCCAAACCCCGUACCUAGUGAACCUGUACCGGAACCAGUCUGCCUAUCUACCCGAUUACGAGGCUGCCGUUGCCAACGGCGGCAUCGAUCCCAAUAUGGGGACAUACCCUGCCAAGAUUGGCGAAGUCCUGGAGAUUGUACUGCAGCAAUUCGGCGGCAAGUCGGAGGAAGCGCAGAACAGGGGCCUGCUGGAUACGCAUCCUUGGCACGGCCACGGCAUCCAUCACUACGAUGUCGGCGGCGGUAGAGGGGCCUGGGAUCCAGAUACCGUCGAGGAGAAUCUGAAGGGGACGCAGCCCGUGUUGAGAGACACGACAUUGCUGUACAGGUACAAGAAAGGCGUGGAGCCAGGCGAGAAGAUGGGCUGGCGGGUAUGGAGAAUCCGAGUCGAGCAGCCGGGCGUGUGGAUGGUGCAUUGCCAUACUCUGCAGCACAUGAUCCAGGGCAUGCAGACGGUUUGGGUGAAUGGCGAUGCCGAGGACAUUUUAAAGGUCGGCGAACCCGACGUAGCCGGCUAUUUGAGGUACGGCGGCAGCGUCUAUGGCAACGUGAGUCAUGCCCCUGAGGUGGUACAUUUCAACGAGUUGGAUUAA